AUGUUUACAAACACAAGUGCACAAGACAUGACUAGAAAGAGAAAGCAAGCCGAUGAUAAAUUGCUCAGUUCAUCUAUGCCAACAACAACCUCUUCUUGGUCAGAUUUCAUCUACUCGUCGCCAUCAUCACCAUCGACAGCAGCAAACGCCUUGCAUGUCGAUGAUCAGCAUCACUUCAAUUUUGAUUCAUUCUUUGAGCAGCACAACACACCGUUAUCCGGGAGCAAUUCUCGCCGUCAUUCAGUCGCUGUGGGCGAGCUGGAUUACCAUUCAUUUGAUAUGCAAAAGGACAUCAACAUCAUGACGGCAAACGAGCAUUCGCCUUGGGAUGACAUUCAAAUGUUGCUGAAUUCUACUGCCCACAUGAAUCCCACUACUACGGCUACUACGGACAAUGAAAGACCUAUUCACAGACGCACUCUGUCUCUAAGAGAGGACGAUCCUCAUUAUGCCACUCUUUUAUCACCUGCGCUGUCCACAGCCUCGUCUAAUUUCUUCUCUACAAGCUUUCUGGAUGCACUAGUCGCGGAAAAUGCAUCCACUUGCUCCUCUUCUUCUCCCCCCAACCAUCUGAAUGAUGCUUCUACUAUCAUCUCGGACAUGUCAUUCAUGGAUUCCACGCACUCCACACACUCUAAUACCACUGGCACUGAUUUAUUUAAUCUGAAUCACUCGAUUCCUCCAUCUGCCAUUACCAAUGAAAUCAACACGAUGGCUGAUUGGUUGUUAGAACAACAAGAAGUCAAGGAGAUGCACACACAGGCACAAAAGAGACAAAGACGUAGCACCAACUCGCUGUCUCCUGUCUCCCCUUCCAACACGAUGGGCUCAUCUUCUCUGUCCUCCAUGUCACCCUCUCCUCCUAUUACUCCAAUGCAGCCGGCCUCUUUGGGAUUUGAACCUAUACCAUUCGGACAACAACAGCAACCAUCUCAACAGCAAGAAGAGUGGGACAUGACAAAGACGAAUAACAGCAAGAGUGGCCUGAUUACUGCUCGUAUCAUUCAAGGCGAAACAACUGCUUCUUCAUUGAAACCUCUCAUCCAAGACUAUCUGAUUCGACGUGAUCAUCAAGAGAGAUCUCUGCCUGUUACUGGUGAACGAACUGUCAUGGUGCUAACCAGCAGAGUAGCACAAAAGAGUUACGGAACCGAGAAAAGAUUCUUGUGUCCCCCUCCCACUACCAUUUUGAAAGGUGCCAACUGGUGGACAAACAGCAAUGGCAACAGCACUCUAGACAAACCUAAUUUGCUGUCUGAACCAAAGAAAGCCAACUUCUUUCAGUCGCCUUCACAAACGCUUAGCUCCCCUAAACUUACGAUCCAUAUCUCUGGAGAAAGCAUCAAUCAAACGGGUGUGCUGGAAUGGUCCACAGCCAAUGGCACCAUUGUUGAUACUGCUGCUUGUGGUAAUACCUCUGUCUCUGGAAGAUGCGUCUCCAAGCAACUGUACAUUAAUGACGCCGAUGAGAAGAGAAAGCGAGUGGAGGUGCUAGCCAAGAUUCAGCUUGGCAAUGGAUUGCAGCUGGGUACCUUCCCUAGUAAGGGCAUCAAGGUGAUUAGUAAGCCAAGCAAGAAGAGACAGAGCAUCAAGAACAUGGAAUUAUGCAUUCAUCACGGCACCACCAUCUCUUUGUUUAACCGUAUUCGCUCCCAAACUGUUUCAACAAAGUAUUUGGGCGUAUCGAAUGGCCAGCCUCCCUCUAACAGCAACACCAAUGCCAACACGAGCAAUGCGCACAAGAACACUGCCAAAAACAACGGCACCUGCUUUGUCGCCCGCACCGGAUCUUGGGAUCCCUUUGUUAUUUGGAUUGUCGAUACUACGCGUUCUCCUGAUGCCAACGCUGCUCGUCCUAAUGCUCACCAUCCAAAUAACCCCAAUUUCCCUCCUCCUCCCGCCAUUGCAUUACAAACUCCAUCGUCUACUCAGCAACCUGUUGCCAUCCAUUACAACCAACCUGUUGUACUCCAGUGUGUCACAACCGGCCUUGUUAGCCCUGUCAUGGUGAUCCGCAAAGUCGAUAAAGGGAGUAUGGUGUUGGGUGGCAAUCGCAUGGACGAUCUGUCCGGCAAGACUGGCGGCGAAUGUGGCGAUGAAACACUCGGUGAUCCCGUCUCUCAGCUCCACAAGAUUGCCUUCCAAAUUGUGCAGGAUCCAACCUUCUCUCACCAGAACAAGGCACGAUACCAGCAACAACAACAACAGCAGCAACAACAGCCACCCGCCUCUGCCAAACAACAACAAUCCAACUAUAAAAUCCCUCAGUCCUGCCAUCCUGUUACUUACUUGGCCUGUUUGAAUGACGUUGUCGGCAUGCACAAGACCACUUACACUCGUCAUCUUGUGCCCAACUGUCAGCCAUCCAAAGUUGAGACUAGCAGCAACAGCAACAACAAUACAGCCGUGUGGAAUGAUCUGAUGCAGAACGUGGUUGAGAACAAACUGUUUGAUGCCGAGGAAGGCAAAAAAGCACCUAGCACUGCUGCUGCUGCUACGACGGGUGCUGCUGCUCGUCGUCGCAUGAGCUCCAUCAGCAGCACUGAAUCCAAGGUGGGCCGUCGCGGUAGUCUCGCUGAACGUCGCGGCAGUUCUGUAGAUGCUUUGGGAUUGGAGGGUGCCUGCUGGACUGAAGAUGUCUCUGAUGCCGCCGUCUGGACCAUUGUUGGCACUGAUUGCGCCAGUUACACCUUCUGGACACCCUCUGAUGCGCCUGAUCAAAGCUGCUUCAACAUGCCAUUCAACCAACAAGCUACUACCACAUUGUCUACAUCAUCUGCACCCAUCACACCCUUCCCCAUCGUGCAAGACAUCAAGCAAUCUGACUGUCUGACACUUUGCGGUGAAAACUUGACCAGAGAUCUCAAUCUUUGGUUUGGCGACAUCAAAUCACCACACACCGAGUACAAGUCGAGAGAGUCUAUGGUCUGCACGAUUCCCGAUAUGCAGAAACUGCUCAGUAGCCCUACACUUAUCAUUGAGGAGGAUAGCCUCCAAAAGAAGAUCCCAUUGCUGCUGGUCCGUGGCGAUGGCGUUGUUUAUAGAACGGACCAAUUCUAUGCUUUUUAA